CACAAAUGUCUGUCAGCCUGUGCGGUGAGCGAGCGCGUGUGUUGCCUUAGAUCACAACAAAGGUGUCACAGUGAAGCUCGCUUCGAGUACAGGAGAUGGCUUCCAAAGUACUCGUGCCGACGGCUCCGUUUGCCAAAUUACAGCUCAAGAAAUCGUCUCCGGAGUCGACGACCAGCGGGUUGUUCAUAACAGGUGAUGCAGCGGCCCGCGUGGUUCACCUGGAGCACAGUGUGCGCUUCCUCCAAGAACAACAUAGACUGAUGCUGAGCGGACUCCACGCAGAGAUAGAGGCCUUGAGAGAGAGAAAUAGAGACUUGCAAUUCCAAUUAAUAUUCAACAAGGAGACGCCGAAGUCCGCUACGGCUGUCGAGGACGAAACUAAUGAGGAGCGUCUUCGUAAGGAGGUGAGUCGUCUGGAGCGAGAGGCGAGUGUGGCGCGGGGGGAGGCGCGGGCGGCCGGGGUCAGGGAGCUCCAGCUGCAGAGGUUACUCGACGAGCAGACUGAAAAGCUGCGGGAGCUGGAGCUGCGUCAGGUCGGUGGGGUGACCCCGGGCGGGGGCGGGGGCGCGGAGGAGGAGAGCCGCGCCGAGCUGCGCGUGCGGCUGGCGGAGGCCGAGCGGCUGGUGCGGCGCCUGCGGGCCGACGCCGAGCGGCAGCGCAGAGAGGUACUCGGGGGCGCGGGCGUCACCAACCUACUGUUCGACGGUGCGGCCGCGCGACACGCGCACCUACAGUGUAUGAAGAACUCUCUCCACGCGAGUCUGCGCGCCAGCGGCCUGGACGCAUUAGGUUACCAGAAUACUUAUGCCUUUCCACCAGUAUACGGCGAGUUUUGGAGAGAGCCGCUCAGAGAAGAGUACAGUAUGGGAUCAAGAAAUAGAAAUAACAGAAGACCGCUGACACUGCCAGAGCUAAACUCUGCUGCACGUUCGACAGUGUAUGCGAAUAAUCAUACGCGCGUUCGAGGUUACGGUUACGACAAAAAUAAAAAGAGUCAGCCAACAAAUGGAGAAACAACAAACGGGAAGAAUCCCGAAGACCCGGCGGCAUCAGAAAUGUCACGAUUAAAAACAAUAAAGAACGAUAAUUUAAAUAGAACCAAAACGACUGAGCCAUUGUCCACAUACCCCGAGUUGAAAAUAGUGGUAACUAAAUUAAUACAUCACACCGACGUGAGCGCGGGCGAGUCUCGGUCGCGGCGUCGCACGCACCGCAAACACUCGGACCACACGUAGCCCCACAAAGCUCACAGCUGUAGCCGCACUCGCUACAUAUACAAAUAUCUUGUCUAUUAUCUUCUUUAAAAUAUAUAAUUAUUAUCGGCGUCGUAGUUGCUGAAAUAUCAAUAUUUGAAUUUUGUUGGUCUCAUAUUUACGUGUACUUGAAAAGUAGGUAGACACCGCUAGAUUAAAUCAAAUUUACUUUUUAUUUAUUUAAUGGACCUGAUCAGAACCAGCUUUGUAUAACUACUGUGAGUUAGGAAUAGGAUAGGCUCUAUGGAUAUAUUAGCUACCGACACACAUUCAAAGUUUUUUAGUUUACUGUGUUUAUAUUAAUUGUUAAUCAAUGCUGUGAGUCUUUUCAGUGUAUUAGAGUUAAAAAUUGAAUUUCGCCUUCCUUCCAAUCACCAACAAGCACGAUUUCAUAUCGGAUAUAAGCGCGUACCUCGGAUAAAUAUAUUAACAACAAAUGUUCCCACUUGCCAGCCACUUCGGCGAUUACAAGUACCAACUUGUAAUCAUCUUAGUCCACUGAUUGUUCUCGAGUUUUCCAUAAAAGUUAUCUGAUUAGCUUGCCUCGCAUGUCAGUUUCUUUAUAAAAUUUAUUACAUGGCUUACAUCCAUUAAGUUUAAUAAUAUUUCUUUAUUAUUAACCGAAGAUUGUAAACAUAUAUCAGAUGUAUCUGAUUGAAAGACAAAUCGGACAGUAUUUUUAUUAGUUAAAAAAUCAAAAAGUUAACUUCACCUACCAUGUCACCUUUUUAUUAAUGCCUCAAUGACUACAUGCCUCAGACUACUGAAUUCUAAGUCUUUCCGUUACUGAACGAUAAGUAGAUGUCAGAUUUGAACUUUGAAGUAUAGUUAAAACUUAAAUCGUUUUAUCUCAAACUCUAGAACAGACUACGGCACUUUUCCUAAGGGCCGUUACGUUGAACAUUAUAAAUAAAGUUACAUUACAUGCAAUAUCAUUAUAUGCAUCCUUAAAAUGACAUAAAAUACUUUUUAAAUAUCUUACAACUCUGUAUUAAUCUCGAUUUAAGUGUACUUUCUCUAAACAUAGAUUUCUUUACCACCUCUCUCAAUAGAUGAGUUUUACUAAUUGUAAAUCGUGUGUUUUAAGAAGAUGAGUUAGUACAUGUCUUAAGAUCAUUGAUUGAAAGCUAUAGAAACAAAUUGUGUUAUUUAGCUACGUUCGAAUCUUAAGAUCUUGAACGACAUUUGUCGAGAAUUGUGAUAAUUAAACUAAUUAAAAGUGAUUUCCUUAAAUUAGAAAUAUGAUAAUGACGAUUUAAAAUAAUAUUAAUAUUAUUUAAUUGUUGUGUUCGUAAAUAGAGACAUGAUAAAACAUUUGUGAUCAGUAAAUUUUUAUUGAAACAUACUGAGAAGACAGAAUUAGUGAAAAGAAAAUUUGUAGUACAUAUAUGUUCUUUUAGGGAUCCUUUAAAAUUUUUAAAAGCAUAAUGAAUGAAAGCAUUCUAAAUAAUAUAUUGACUAGAGAUCAAAUUAAUCUAUAAACCAAUUUAAAGUGCCGAGAUUAAAACAUCAAAGUGAGCAAAAGAUGGUUUUAUUUAUAUGUUGCUUUAGUGAUAUAUAAUAAAUGUGUAUGAAAUGUAACAAUGCUCAACUGUCGACUGUCGGGAAAGGUUGACGGUCAUUGUCAUUCCAAAGGAUGUAGUUUAAAACUAAGACUGCCAUUUAGAUUAUUGUUUGCACAGUGUUAUUAAUGUCAACUUUAACAUACACCAACGGGUUUGUCUUCAUGAUAGACGUUGGCGGUAUCUGUAGAUCUUGACUUUGCAAGUGAUAGUGAUCUGUGCGGACAGUUGGCUACACAUGUGAGACACAUACUAAUCUGUAGCAGUAACAAGUUAUCCAAAUUAAUAUAUUAAUAUAUUUAUUGCAAACAAA